UCCCGUCCCACUACUAAUACUCUGUCUACAGCAAACGGACACCUACUCAAUCUUCGCUGGAAUGCCUUCGCCGUCAUCUCCUUUGCUUCCUCGCGCUGGCGCUAAUGCCUUCCCCAAUCCCCCGUUUCUCUGGCGGGCUGGGGCCAUAAUGGCCGCAGCUGGUGUUAUGGCGGGAGCAUUCGGGGCGCAUGGAUUAAGGCGACGUCCAGGCAUAACUGCUGAGAACAUCCACGCGUGGGAGACAGCAGCGCACUACUCGAUAUUCAACGGGCUUGCAUUGCUCCUUGUAUCUCUGCACCCACGGUUCUCCACCCACAAAUUUGCUGGGCCAGCUAUUGCUGUCGGAAGUCUUGUCUUUUCUGGGAGCAUCGUCACCCUGGUACUCAAUCGUGACAGGUUCCGUUGGCUGGGUCCCGUCACGCCGAUGGGCGGUGCUCUCAUGAUCGCGGGAUACGCUGCGCUUGCUUUCUAGGAUCUAUUCCAUAUCUUAUAUAUAUAUCUGUUCGACAUGUACUCUGAUAUCAACAUCCUCACUCUUCUGUAUCCUAGUCUGCAAUGGUAAAUAUACUUACACCGGA